GUGGGUAUAAGAACCUCAGUAAGUCCAGGAAUUCAAUUCUGAGUCUGCCGUUCCAUCCAUACCAAUUGUCACAGCCUGCCUCAUACGCAUCGAUUUUGGCCAAAGUGUCUAGACAUCCACACACAAGCAACACGUCUUCCGAUUUUUCCGGCAUUAUGGCAACCAGGCUUGCCUCCUUCCUGUAUGCAUCACUACUUCUGCUCGCCGCCACAUCCGGCGUGGGAGCCCAUCGUCCUCACCUUGACAACGGUCUGCACACCUCCGUCUCUUCGGCAUGGGAGUGGCCCGACACGACCAUCGCCCGCAUCCUGAUGACCACUCAAGAUUGCCCUUCAGCGGCAGUCUAUACAAAAGUCACCAUCACCAACACCAGCACCUCUGUCGCCGUGAGUCUGGGCAUCCCCAACGUCACAACCCUGUACGAUUAUCGACCCUCGCUCUGGUUCAUGGGCAGAACCCUCGUGACGCCAAAGGGCUACCAGACGGACAGUGAUCGCUGCCAGCAAGGCCUCGCAAUCAACGCCACGGGCUUCCAGCCUCGGGUGCCUCGAGGGUUCACGGCCCUCGAGUACGCGUCAGCAGGUAGUGGCGUGUUCAGGGGAUUCAGUGAGUCCGACCUGAUCUCCGGAUACGCCCUGCUUUCGGCCAAUAUCACAGUGUCGGCACCAGGAGAGGUGUACGUGGUGUUGCAGCCCAAUGAGCAUCGGCGGGCUCGUGUUUGGUUGGCAAUCGGACAUGAGGAGACUCCGGAUCCGAAUGAGCCUGGUCACGCCAUUGAGGUGGAUGAGCAUGCCUGGUUCUCGGCUACGUCGACGCCUUUGUUGGGGUCGGUCUGUCCGUCCUGGUGUGGUCUGCAGUAAGGUGAGGUAUGUUGGGGUUGGGAAUGGGCUCUCCGAUGGAAUUUCAAAGCUAGAUUUGAACAGCACACAAGGCAAUGCAACGGUAAUGGUACUUCUUGUUGUUUUGCCUCCGGUCGUGCAAGCCUGAUAUCUCGAAUGGAGUCCAUUAGACCCCAAUGAUUGACCUUUUAUCUACCAGAGUAGAGGUAUCAUCCUCCAGCGCACAGAGAUCUCUUUUCUUCUUUCCGGGAAUUUUGCCGUCAUCCACUUUUUCGUCUCGUCUGCGGUAACGCCCAGGUUGACUAUGACGAACACGAAAGCACACAACAACGAGCAGUUGCUGCGUCCCUGGUCACCGGGAGUUUGAAGUAGUACCAGUGACAAGUAGAUACCACACUCUGCCAAAUAGUGCGGCGCUAUUGUUGUCCGGAAGAUGGGUUCGUCGGGUACCGUGUACUUUGGCAGGCUGGCCAGGUACCGAUGAUACUGGUUUUGCUUGAACGAGGAAUAGAAGAAGAGCCAAGUACAGAUCAAGGUCUUUGGCGUCCAGAACCCCACGAGCAGAAGCCAACGGUCAGAUAGAGGUCGCGUUUUGGGUUGAUCUUCCCUGCAAGCUUCAAUCCGAAUGGCAAUAUUCGUGACGAUGUAAAACGCCAAUCCAAUUGCAUAGUGGCCUAUCCACAUCCGAGAGCUGCUCGGUUUGGUAACAAAGAGGCAUUCAAGGAGUCUCCGCGUUCCUUGAACAAGCAUCAAGAUGGAGGAAAAGGUAGCCAGGUCGAGAAAGUUGGACUGACUUCCGGAAUGGAAAAUGGAAAAGCAUGCUAUCGAGGACAGCACAGAUACAAUAUAGAAGUGGACGAACCACGAAUGCGGCACUUUCCAGAUCGCAACAUAAUUAAGAACCUGAAGGGCC